UCAGUCAGAGGCGGCGUGGGGAGUGCUGGGAGCUGUUGCAGCGUGCCGGGAGCUGAGUUUGUAAAAAUGGAAUUUCAAGCCGUAGUGAUGGCAGUUGGAGGGGGAUCUCGGAUGACAGACCUGACUUCCAGCAUUCCCAAACCUCUGCUUCCAGUUGGGAAUAAACCUUUAAUUUGGUACCCAUUGAACCUGCUUGAGCGUGUUGGAUUUGAAGAAGUCAUUGUGGUUACAACCAGGGAUGUACAAAAGGUUCUUUGUGCAGAAUUCAAGAUGAAAAUGAAACCAGAUAUUGUGUGUAUUCCUGAUGAGGCUGACAGGGGAACUGCAGAUUCUCUGCGCUACAUAUAUUCAAAACUUAAGACUGAUGUGCUCGUCCUGAGCUGUGAUCUGGUAACAGAUGUUGCCUUACAUGAGGUCGUGGACCUAUUUAGAGCUCAUGAUGCAUCUCUUGCCAUGUUGAUGAGAAAAGGCCAGGAUGGCCUAGAACCAGCUCCAGGUCAAAAAGGGAAAAAAAAAGCAGUGGAGCAGCGUGACUUCAUUGGAGUGGACAGCACAGGAAAGAGGCUGCUCUUCAUGGCUAAUGAAGCGGAUUUGGAUGAAGAGCUGGUCAUUAAGGGAUCCAUCCUGCAGAAGCACCCUAGAAUACGUUUCCACACAGGCCUUGUGGACGCCCACCUCUACUGCUUGAAAAAAUACGUUGUGGAUUUCCUAGUAGGAAAUAGUUCAAUCACUUCCAUCCGGAGUGAACUGAUUCCAUACCUGGUGAGAAAACAGUUCUCCUCAACUUCCUCACAACAGGAACAAGAAGAAAAAGAGGAGGAUCCAAAGAAAAAGGAGCUGAAAUCCGUGGAUAUUUACAGUUUUAUAAAAGAAGCCAAUACACGUCUGCCUUAUGAUGCUUGCUGGAAUGCCUGUCAAGGAGACAAGUGGGAAGAUUUGUCCAGAUCACAGGUGCGCUGCUAUGUCCACAUCAUGAAAGAAGGCCUCUGUUCGCGAGUGAGCACCCUAGGACUCUACAUGGAAGCAAACAGACAGGUGAAAAGAUGGGUUCAGAAGAGGAAUCAUGGGAGUUCCUGUUCCAGAAAUAGACUGAACCUUUUGCCUUACUUCUUCAUUAGUGACCAAACCUCUUUCUUCAAGGUACCAAAAUUGCUGCCUGUUCUCUGUCCAGAAGAAUCACUGAUCCAUUCAUCAGCCCAGAUUGUCAGCAGACACUUGGUUGGAGUUGAUAGCCUCAUUGGGCCAGAUACACAGGUUGGAGAGAAAUCAUCCAUUAAGCACUCUGUCAUUGGUUCAUCCUGUGUCAUAAAAGAUAGAACAACUAUCAUGAAUUGCCUUCUCAUGAACUCAGUCACCGUGGAGGAAGGAAGCAGCAUUCAGGGUAGCAUCAUCUGCAACAAUGCUGUGAUCGAGAAGGGAGCAGACAUCAAGGACUGCCUAGUUGGAAGUGGACAAAGGAUCGAAGCCAAAGCCAAAAGAGUAAACGAAGUGAUCGUGGGGAAUGACCAGCUCAUGGAGAUCUGAGUUCUAAGGAAGUCAGAAUCCUUCCUCUUAGCCCCGAAAACUGCAGAUGUUGGCUGGCCCACCUGUUUGACUCUGUAUUUAUUUCCCAAUAAAGAUGGGUUUCCAAAGGCA